AUGCAAGACGACAAACGAGGGGAAUCCUCAAAGCGACAGCCACCGCGACUGCCGGUCAUUGCACCCAAGGAUGAUCGCUCAUCCUCGGCUAGCUCGAGUCGCAGUGGUCAAUUAGGUCCGACCGUCCCUCCGCGUGCACGAUUACCACCCCGAUCCCGAACUGGAUGCUGGACAUGCCGCACGCGCAAGGUCAAAUGUGACGAACGACGUCCAGAGUGUGGCCAAUGUAGUCGAUUAGGUCAUACUUGCGACUAUAGUCCGCGCCUGGCAUUUCGAGAUGACACUGCUCGAGUGCGAGAGCGGAUGCAGGAUAUCACCGUGGUUACAAACACAAUAUGGGACUCCAACUCGCCCGCAAGGACGGACACCAGCGCCGGGUCUGUUCAGAUAGAUGAUCUACCACCUUUUGCGACAUUAACGACGGACGAAGACCGAGAGAAAAAGGCGGAACGCUCCAGCCCGGGCACAUACAACGUGGUUGUCAAUCAGGAUAGUUUCCAGCACCUACCCGAGUACAGCGAUGAACCCAGCAUCAAGAGAGAAUCAGUUGUGCCUUUGCGCCGAGCAUCAAUUGCAGCAACCCAUGUGAACAAUUCUGGGAGAGACGUAGUAGUUGAAGGUAUCCCACUAGCAGGAGACCCCAACAUCGUCGUAUUACCGAGAUUCGAGGACAUGGCCCGACGCAACACGUUCAGUUCGUCCAAGGACUUGCGCUCGCCGCUUUCUCCUUUUGCAAGGCAUCAAUUCAUCAAAAAGGAGGACUCCGACGAGAUUGCCAUCGUGGACGAACCGAUGUCGAUGUUGGAAGAUGGAUUCGACUCUCAGGAAGAGCAAUACUCUCAACAAUUUCGGCAUGUGGUCUGGAAACAACUUGUGCCUGCAGAACUUGAUCAGGCGGAUGGAAUGAUGCGAUCGAGUGUUGGACUUUUGGAGACGGCUGCGCGCGUAUUUCCACCGCUACAACAUGCUAUGAUGGCCGUUGCUGCGCUGAGUCUAGCUGCGACAGACAGCACCUCUAGGCUGGAUGCACUACAGCACUAUCAACAGGCUCUACCCGCGCUCCAAAGUGUAUUGAAGGGUCCGGAUGAUCUAUCCUCGGAUGGUGCCUUCUUGACCCAUUUUUUGUUGUUGGUCUACGAGAUCGCCGCCGCAGAAGCCGGCGGAUCCAAUUUAUGGUCUCAGCACUUAUCGACCCUCCUACGGAUUGCCCUACUUCGUCGCGAUGUUUUUGGCGGCGAAAGAUACCCUUUUGUUAUUUGGUGGAUAUGUAACAUUGACCUGGAUGCACUUUUCAGUGGAGCUGGAAGAGGCGAAUUUGUUGGAUACAUGCUUCAACACGACAAUAUUCCGGGACCCAGCUUUCAUCUACACCCCCUGGGCGUGGAUGGAUCAAGCGUUGUUUACAGCGGAGAACUGGAGUCUUUACCGAGUAUCUUGCAACUCGAUUAUGAAGUCACUAUAUUGGCUGUUCGGCUGGCCCUGCUCGCGAGCGAAUUCCGCAAUGACACUACAUUUGCGACGGCCAAUUACCUACACCGGGCGCAAGCGGUCCAAAUUCGUCAAGGUCGAACCUUUGAACUCCAGGAGUCUUUGCGGCAAUUAUGGCUCAACCCAGCGGUUUCAAUGAUUGGACAAAUGAGUCAUAGCCUUCCAGAACGAUCGCGCCAACUUUACGAACACGCCGCGGCACUGUAUCGUGCAUGUAUUCUCUUUUCACACACUUCAAUGUGGCCUGGCCAAAGACUCGACACAUCGCCGGACUAUGACACGGAAAUUGCAGUGGCGUCCAAUCAAAUCCUACAGAUGACCAUGAAAGCACAUGCUGAGAACCGAUAUCAUUGUCGAUACCUGGUGUUUCCUGUCUUCAUGGCAGGGUUCUGUAGCACCGACGGAGCUCAACGCAUGCAAGCACUAGAUUUGAUCCGUGGGAUGGAAAAGCACAGUAUCGGGCGCAACACUACCAUGACACGAAGGGCACUAGCUGCAGUGUACGAGAAACAAAACGAACGCUUUAUGAAUACGGGACAAAGUCUUGAUAUCGACUGGAUGCAAGUCAUGGCCGAGAGGGACCUUUUUGUCAUUAAUUUUGGUCUAUGA